AUGGGGAGUUGGCCACAAUGAGUUGCUGGACGGAGUUUACAGAGUUGCAUCUCGUGAUCGAGGAGCUAUGCAAGCAAUCGGACGGCUUAUACUUUCCACGUCGGCUAUCGCAUUCCACGAGCUUGUAAAAUCAGCCCCCUUCUUGUACGCCUGAUCGGGUGCCAGGGCUCCGUCGUCAGCAGUCCUGCUCGUUCAGCUCUAAAGAGAAAGAGCAUCUGGUUCAAGCUUGCUUUGGGGAAAGGCGCGCAAGGGAGAGAGGCCGCGGACAUUACCGGCAUUGCAUUGCGUCCUUAGUCCUGCUGCGGGCGCGGGGUUUGACGGAGGUGUUCUGCUCUGUGGGUGGUAUAGCGAUUUGGCGAUGGCGACGUCCGUAGCAGUUUGUGCUGUGGCAACACCCAGUAGCGUAUCGGUGCAACACAAAAUCACAUCGAAACCUACGAGCAAAGCCGAUCUCGCCACAGGAGCUUCGUUUGCUUCAUGUAGUGCUCGGGCUGGCCGCCCAGCUCAUGCUACGCUUCUCAGAGGAGCGGCCAAAAGUGUAAGAAGCGCCAGUAGCAGCUUCCAGGUUGGUGAAAGCGCUGUUGCAUGGAAACAAGCAACAGCUUCGCCUUCAGGGAAAGCCCGCGGUGGAGCCCUUGCAAGCACCUGUGAGUAUGAAAAAAUUCUUGUCGCCAAUCGCGGAGAAAUCGCCGUGCGUAUUAUUCGCACAGCUCACGAGAUGGGAAUUCCAUGCGUGGCUGUGCACUCCACAAUCGACAGACAGGCUCUUCACGUCCAACUUGCCGAUGAAGCUGUUUGUAUCGGAGAAGCUCCUAGCAGUCAAUCGUACCUGAACAUUCCAAACAUUGUGUCAGCGGCCCUUAGCCGCAGAUGUACAAUGCUCCACCCUGGUUACGGCUUCCUCGCCGAAAACGCCACCUUUGUCGACAUUUGCAGAGAUCACGGACUCAAUUUCAUCGGUCCCAACCCUGAUAGUAUCCGCGUUAUGGGUGAUAAAGCGACGGCUCGUGAAACCAUGCGGAAGGCUGGUGUACCCACUGUUCCUGGCAGUGCGGGAUUGAUAGAGACAACCGAAGAGGCUGUGCGAGUUGCCAACGAAAUUGGAUUUCCUGUCAUGAUCAAGGCCACUGCAGGUGGUGGUGGACGUGGAAUGCGACUUGCGAAUGACGCAGGAGAAUUUGUCAAACUUCUACAGCAAGCUAGAAGUGAGGCUGGAGCUGCCUUUGGCAAUGAUGGUGUCUACCUAGAAAGAUGCAUUAUGAAUCCAAGGCACAUUGAGUUCCAGGUUCUUGCUGACAAGUACGGUAAUGUUGUGCAUCUUGGGGAACGUGAUUGCAGUAUCCAGAGAAGAAACCAAAAACUUCUGGAAGAGGCCCCGUCUCCUGCUUUGACUCCUGAACUACGAAAAGCUAUGGGAGACGCUGCUGUUGCAGCAGCUGCAUCAAUUGGUUACGUUGGUGUCGGUACAAUCGAGUUUUUGUUAGAUGAGGAUGGCCAUUCAUUCUACUUCAUGGAGAUGAAUACUCGUAUUCAGGUGGAGCACCCUGUUACAGAAAUGAUUACUUCAAUCGAUCUCAUUGAGGAACAAAUCCGGGUUGCCUUGGGAGAAAAGUUGAGGAUGACACAGGAUGAGGUUGUCAUUCGAGGACAUUCGAUUGAGUGCCGCAUUAAUGCCGAGGAUGCCUUCCAAGGAUUUCGCCCUGGGCCAGGUCGCAUCACAGGUUACCUGCCUCCCGGCGGUCCCUUCGUGCGAAUGGACAGCCACAUCUACUCUGAUUAUGUCGUUCCACCAAGCUACGAUUCUCUCCUUGGCAAGCUCAUUGUAUGGGCUCCUACCAGGGAGAGGGCUAUCGUACGUAUGCAACGAGCACUGAGUGACACAAUUAUUACUGGCAUUCCCACCACUCUCGAUUAUCACAAGCUCAUUCUUGAAGUUCAGGACUUCAAAGAUGGAAAAGUAGAUACUGCUUUCAUUCCCAAGCACGAAGAAGAGCUUGCUGCCCCUGCCCCUUAUAUUCAACUUCCGACGCCGGUGAAGGAGUCACUUAAAGCUACAGCCUAGUUUCGAACUUUAAGUCAGGGUCAAUCUACAGGUUAUCUCGUUGUCAGGGUAGGGUAUAGACGACCCGCUUGUGUUAAAAAGGCUAAUUUACUGCGAGUCAUAUACUUGGUUGUAGGGACCCACAGAAGAGAUGUGUGUUAGCAAAGUGUAGAUGUAAGAUGGUAUCUCUGUCUGGCAUGCAUGCAGGUCAUCAAUUUUUCUAGUCAGUUCAUUUUUUAUCCAUAAAGAGCAAUUUGCUUCAAGUUCUUGCCAACGGGUGUUAACUCGCACGAAAUUGUGAAAAGGAGCAAAAUAUACAUCAUGGUCCGGCAGUCUCCAACUCCGUCGUUUUUUGGGGGAUACGGCUUCCCGGUAGAUGAGAGAGUCACUGUUUGUAGGCUUGCACCUCACUCACUGGUCUAAUGGCCAGCAUGAGGUCUGAUGUAAAUUGUUUCUCGAGUAUACACCAAUGAGAAUGAGUACAAAAUGACUUUGCGCC